AUGGUUGGCAACCCCAUCACAACUAUUAAAUAUGAUCAAUCAUUCUUUUCCCAUUUACAAAGAAUAUUUCAAUAUUUAAAUCAAGAUCAAUCAAUAGGUCAAUCAACUCAUCCUAGGAGAUUAAAUCCACCUCCAUUAACAAUUGAAUAUAUUGGAAUUUGGAAUCAAUGUUUAGAAAGUUAUUACUUUACCACAAAAAACCAAGAUGAUGAUAGUGACAGUAUAGUCAACAGUUACACUUUAGAUGAAUACAAUCAAUUUUUAGAUCAAGCAAACGACAUUGUAGUACAAGUAGAAGAAAGAGAUGUACAAGUUAUACACAAUAAUAAUAAGAAGAAGAAUUUAGUAUCGUCAUUAUUACAAUAUAUAUUGAAUCAAUCGUAUCUUAGAAGACAGAUAUUCAAUCAUGUUAGUUCUAUUCACAAACAAUUAGAGAUUGAAACUGUUAAAGUAUCAUCACUCUUUACUCUGGUUGAUUAUAUUCGAUAUGGCUUAAAUGAUUUAUUCUUUAAACAUAUAGAUCAACUUUGGAUAAUGAUGUUUACCGACAGUAGAUAUAGAAAUAAUAGUGAUAAUACAACUACUACUAGAUUGAUUAGUACAGCUAUUCAUUAUAAUAAUGAUAGAAAUGAAAGAAGAGAUUGGACCUUAUUAUUAUCUUAUUUAUCUGUACAAAGAGAUAUAAGAUUAGAGAUUUAA